AUGGAGGGACAGUUUGCUGCUGUAUGUAGAUCGGAGAUCUUUGAUGAAGUCGCCUUUGACAAAUGGGUAAAUGAAGCAGAAGCUCCUGCUAUUCCUGCAAGUUUAAAACUGUACAAGGAGCUACAACAGCGAGGAUUUAAGAUAUUCUUGUUGACUGGUCGGAGUGAAUUUCAAAGGAAUUAUACAGAAAAGAAUAUGGUGUAUGCUGGAUACAGCAAUUGGGAAAGACUUAUUUUGAGGGGACCUUCCGAUAAUGGUAAACUGGCAACCCAGUAUAAAUCUGAGAAAAGAAAGGAGUUAGAAGAUGAAGGUUACAGGAUUCAUGGGAGCUCUGGAGAUCAGUGGAGUGACUUGAACGGUUUCGCUGUUGCCAAAAGGUCCUUUAAACUUCCAAAUCCCAUGUACUAUAUUGCGUGAUGAUAGAGUUGUCUAAAAAUCUGUAUUAUGAGCUUUGACAAUUGACAUUGCAAUUCGUUCCUUCUACUGAACUUGUGUAUAACAUUAUUCUAACACAUUUCACAAAAUGUGGAAGUCUUGUUCAAUUGGAAUUGAUCUCUUUUACUAAUAAUUGUAAGCCUCCAUGGAUUUUAAUAUUUCAACUUGGUGCA